UACUCAUAUGUCGUAUAUAAGCGGUAUGUAGCCUUAAUUAGGCAAAAUAUUCACUCAAUAUUCAGUCGAAAAGUGGUCAAAAUGGGUAGGCUAGUGGUUUUAUUGUGUUUGAUAAGCGUCUGUCAUGGAAAGUUCAGUCUAUUCUUUAACGACUUAGAAAUGCCGUCUUCAAAAAAUGCGGCUUCAAAACAAGCAGUAACCACACCCAAAGCCAAGCCAUCCCUAUUCGACCUUCCAUCCAUUUUCGAUCCUCACAAGAAGGGACCAUCCACUCCCGAUCCGAUUUCCAAUUUCGUGUCAAACGUGUUUAAACCACCGAAACCCGAUGACAAGAUAUUUGGUUUGCCGAAUAUAUUUUCCGCUUUCUUACCUUCAACUCCGCAACCAGAUAAACCGGUCAAUGCCGUUCCUGGUUCCAAUCCUGUAGGUAAUCCUCCCUCCGCCGCUGGGGUAACUCCCCCGUCUGCCGCUGGGGUAACUCCCCCGUCUGCUGCUGGGGUAACUCCUCCGUCCGCUGCUGGGGCAACUCCUCCCUCCGCCGCUGGGGUAACUCCCCCGUCCGCCGCUGGGGUAACUCCCCCGUCUGCUGCUCCCCCGUCUGCCACUGCUGCGACUACGCCAGCAACAGGAGCUGUCACUACUCCCUGUCCUGCCGGUGCUACUCUCCACUCCCCCUCCACUCCUCCGCUACUCCUCCCUCCGCCGCUGGCGUGA